UGCUUUCACCACAGCAGUGACGUGCCCUCCAGCGGGCUGUCAUUCACCGCCAAGCGGGAGCCUCGCCUUGCGUCACGCUGGGGAGCGAGCGUCCGCUUUGUUUGGGUGUGCGCGGUCCGGCCGAUCGGAAGCGGCGGUGGCUGUGCGCGUGCGCGGUCCGGUCGAUCGGAAGCGGCGGUGGAGACAGAGGGAGGCAGAGAGACGCCUGGGCCCUGGGCCUCUGCGAUCAGGGCCCGAGCUUCGAGCCGUGGGGCGCGGCUGCAGCAGCCGAUCGGAACCGGGUGGAUACAUAAUGUGAAUUAAAGAGUGAAGAUAGAUCUGGCUAAGUAGAAGUCUACUCUUGCAGUCAAUAUCAUCUGUAAGAAAAUAGAUACUCAAGUACACGUCUCAAUGGCAGAGGAAGAAAGAACCAAAGCCACGACUGUCCAGAUCAGACAUGGCCACUACCUUUCUGCUAUUACAAAGCAGAACAUGAAUUUGCUUAUCCGAGGGGUGGUCCUUUUUUCUAUUGGUGUGUUCUUAGCACUUGUAUUGAACUUGCUACAGAUACAAAGAAAUGUUACUCUUUUUCCCCCUGAUGUGAUUGCCAGCAUUUUCUCUUCCGCUUGGUGGGUUCCACCAUGUUGUGGUACGGCAUCGGCUGUGAUUGGUUUGCUUUACCCAUGCAUUGACAGCCAUCUGGGAGAGCCACACAAAUUCAAGAGGGAAUGGUCCAGUGUAAUGCGUUGUGUUGCAGUCUUUGUUGGGAUAAACCAUGCUAGUGCUAAGGUGGAUUUUGCCAACAAUAUGCAGUUGUCCCUUACUUUGGCAGCACUUUCCAUUGGAUUGUGGUGGACUUUUGAUAGAUCUCGAAGUGGCUUUGGGCUUGGCAUAGGAAUUGCUUUUCUUGCCACACUGGUCACUCAACUUUUAGUCUACAAUGGUGUUUACCAAUAUACAUCUCCGGAUUUUCUUUAUGUUCGGUCUUGGUUACCUUGUAUAUUUUUUGCUGGUGGAAUAACAAUGGGAAAUAUAGGACGCCAGUUAGCAAUGUAUGAGUGUAAAGUUAUUCCAGAGAAGCCUCAUCAAGAUUGAUGUACUAUUGUGGAAAUUUGAAGAUUUCAUAUAGACAAUUGGAAUUAAAGAUGAUAUGCCAAAUGAAUGUAAAAAGCUGUAAAUAAGGUUUUUGGUUUCAAAAUUGCAGUUUUUUUCACUGCUACAUGAGCUGCAAUCUGUGAUUGCUCGUGGUAUAAAAUGUCCUGUAAAUCAUUGUGUAGCAAAUACACAUGCAACAUCAUACAGCUACACGCAACUCUAGAUUCAGUCUUAUUACAUGGAAAAUGUUCAUUUUAAUCCCAUGGAAAUAUUUUGAAACAUAACUGCUGAUGUGCGGUUCUAAACAAGUAUGUGAUUUCAUUGCUCUUUUAGUUUCAAUCUGGAUGAGCAAAAGUUUCAGAUUUUAUACUUCAUUUAAGAUAGUCAUUGAAUAGAAUCCUACAAUUAUUUAGCUAGUUCAAUUUUUAAAUAUCUUUAAAAUUUACAUUUUUUAAAAAGUGUCAGCUUGCAUGGGUUCAUUUAUAAAUCUUUAAAACUUCAGAUGAUUAAUAUUUGAAUGAAGUGCAAAAUUAAUAUCUGAUUUUUUUUCAAAUAUAUUUUGUAUAAAGAUAAUAUUUCAUAAUAUGUUGCCUGAGAAGGAAUGUAACAUCUGAAUUUUGGCUCAUCCCCAUUCUUAGAAUCCUAAUGUAGCAAUAGAAAUAUAGUAUUUACAGAUGCAUGAAACUUCUGAACCAACAUACGUGCAGAAAUGUGUAGUACUAUUGAAGCAAUAUACUCUGUUGAUACUUCAAAACAUUGUGAUGUCUGUGAUUAACUAGUUUAGUGGGACUUGAACAUCUCCUUCAACAUAUUGAAGAUUGAUCUGCAUUUUCAUUUCACUUCUGUAAAAUUUAAGAACGCAUAUUACUACAUGCUUUGAGAAUAUAAGGUUUUCAUUUGUGGUAAGGACAUCUUACGUAGCAGCCAAAUGUAAAAUUAUAAGCCUGUAAGUUAAAGAAAUUUAUGUACAAAAUGAUAAUGCAAAUUGUUCUUAUUUUGUCAGUUUUGUGAAGUUCUUUCAUGGGGCUUUUUUUUCCAAAGAAGACUUUCAUUUGUAAGUGGGAUAAAAUCAUUUAGCCUCAAGUAUUUUAGACUAAUUUAUUAUUCAAUAUAUAUACUGAAUAUUCCAAUAAAAUAUAUUUCAGUAAA